GUUGAACGCUGCAGUCGAAUUUUCGGCAUCUGCGAUACAGGCCAUCCAGUCAUAAAGAUGAUCAUGGAGUCCGGCGAUUGGUUGGUUGGUGGUGACCUUGACGUUUUUGAUCGAAUCACCUGGAAUGACGGACUGGACGAGUUUCGCCUAACGCCCAGGGAACUUCGCGCACGUUUUAAAGAACUGCAGGUGGAAAUGCAACGUUUGAAACAAACUGUUAUCUUUUUACAUUUUUAA